UAUAAAAGACGUUGCUGGGGUUAGACGUGUUCUGUUUGGUGGUGGAUCUGAUUAUUUAGUUACUUAUUUUAAUUCCCUUCCAUCUUUAUUUAAGACGUUUGUGCCGUUUGUUGCGCUAUAUCUGAUAUUUCGGCGUUGCAAAGUUGCUUUUCCAACAUUUGCACGGUGCGAAAGCUCUCGUCCCCCCUGUACUUGUUUUUUUGUGUGCGUGUCCAGAGGAAUCUGGCCUGUGACGACGUCCGAGGGAACUGGAGCUGCGGACAAGUGUGUUUGAUGGUGGCGCAGGGUGGAUUUAAUUGAAUUUACCUGCCCCAGAGCACACCUGAGGACGUGGAGAGCGGGGGCCGAUCGAGGCACAGUGUGUGGAAAAGAAAGAUGGUGACUGUGUGAAGUGGCGCUUUCGCUGAACUGGCCAGUUUUUCCCAUAUCGCGCGCCGUUGAUAAAAUUACCCAGGAGAACUUCCGGUCAGUGAUCGCGCGCUGGUGUGUCUUCCUGAACAGCAGCCAUGGCGCUCAACAACAGCAGUGGCGGAAGCAGCAGCAAUCUCAGCAACACGGCCAACAACAAUAAUGCAGACCAGAAGCAGAGCAAUCUAGUCGUGCGCAUGGAUGAGGACUCCGCCACGAAGCUUCAGGCGCUCUUCGACACAGUCCUCAAGCCCAGCGAGCAAAAUCGCCCAUUGCAGAUCCCACUGCGGAUGCGCAAGCUGCCCAACUCCUUCUUCAACCCGCCGUCCACGGGCUCCAAGUCGCCCUCCGUCUCGCACUCGCGCGAGAAUAGCAACGACUCGGCCUUUGGUUCUGGCACCACGAUCGUGUACGCGACUGGGGGCAACGCCGCCCCGGCCAGCAGUGUCCUCACGCAGCGCCUCUCCAUCAGCCACUCGCGGGCCCACAGUAGCCCUGCCACGUUGGAGCAGACUCAUGCAGCGGGCCUGAAGACCGCAGCCGCCGCCCCAGCGGCCAGCCAAACGCCGGCACAGCCACAGACGCCACUGAAGGCUGUGCACGCGUCCCAGCGCAGCUACGACGUGAUCAGUGCCAUCCAGCUCCAGGACGAACUCGGUGACCUGCCGGCCGGAUGGGAACAAGCCCGCACGGCGGAGGGACAGAUCUACUAUCUCAAUCAUAUGACACGUACGACUCAGUGGGAAGACCCGAGGAAACAAUUAGCAGCACAGCAAGCUCUAGCCGCCCACCAGAGUGCAGAUUCACUGUUAAGGAGUCAGCCACCACCCCAGCAAGCUCCACAGCCCCCCGCAGCAAUUCAGCAGAGCAGCGGCACUCCAGUGACAAAGUUGUCGUCCUCAUCGGUGGCGUCUGAUCCCCUUUUGGGGCCACUGCCAGAGGGAUGGGAGCAGGCAAUGACUUCUGCUGGUGAAACUUACUUUAUUAACCAUAUUAACCGUACAACUUCUUGGUUCGACCCAAGAAUACCGGAGCAUUUUCAGCGACAAGAAUUGUCAAGGAAUGCCGGAGGAUGGCUCAAUAUUCAGAAUUUGCAGAAGGAGCGUGAAUAUCUGAAGCAGCGCCAACAGGAAAUUCAACAUCAGACAAUCAGUCUCCAGAUGGAUCCUUUUCUACCGGGUGUGACUGACCACUCGCGACAGGAAUCCGGCGAUAGCGGCCUGAGCCUCACCUCUAAUCACUACUCAAUGCCACACACCCCCGAUUUCCUCGCCAACAUGGAUGAUAGCAUGGAUUGUAUAAGUGAAAGUGGAAAUCUGGAAACGAGUACUUUAGAGAAUACAGAUGAUCUCGUCCCUUCUCUACAACUCGGUGAAGGCUUCAACAAUGAUAUUUUGGACGAUGUUGAUAAUCUAAUGGAUUCAGAGGUGAAAACGGACAGUCUAACGUGGAUCUAGAAAGGGAGAAAAGAAUACCGACAGUGAUGGAAUAUUUGCAGUCAGUUUUAUUAGAUUUUUAGAGGAGAAAAUCAGUGCCUUAAAGUAAAUUCUUAUAUUUUUAUUGGUUAAAAGAAUGAUAAAUUUUAUAUUUCUCUAUUAGAUUUUGAGAUUAUAUAAAGUAUCAGGAACGAAUGUGUGAGUGUGUGAAUAGACAUGAAUGUAUGUGCAUGAAAGCUAUAUUUUGCUGUUGUAAAUCAUAGAAAGAAUAAAAAAAAAGAGCUGAAAUGAACUGAUUUCUUGCUAGAAAAAUUUGCAAAGCUAUUUGUAAUGUGAAAAUUUUUGAGAAGAGAUGAUAGAAGAAUAGUGAAAAUGCAAUAUUAAAUGUUGAUUAUAACAUACAAGCAAUGAACGUCCAUCAUUUUUACACGAGAAAACAUUUUUAUAUGAUAGUUUUAUCAUUGUAUGUAUUUUUGAUAUUAAGUCUUAAUAUCUAAAGUUAUGAUAUAAGCAUAAUUAUUUACAUAGCAUAGUGAUAAAAGAAGCAUAGAUCGUUUUUUAGAAGCGUAAGAUUAUGAAGAGUUUAUGUAUUUAAGAUGAAAGGCAGAUGUAAAAGCAAUCACGUAUCAAAAACAAAACUUAAGUGCCUUGUAAUUAUAGCUCUACAAGAAUAAUAAUAAUUUAUAAUGUUAGUAUGUCAAAUUCAUGAAAAAUUUUCUCUUCUCACCCGAAAGGAAGCCAGUGAAGAAUUCCACAAGUCACUGGAAUAAUUGGGAUAGGAAGAAAUUUCUGUUUUUUGUGUUUAGGAUGUAAGAUGGCUUUUAUUCCUACCUUUUAUUUUAGAACUUAGGAUCUUUUAUAAUGAACAAGAAAUAAGGAAUUUUCUCACAUAAGAUGAGCGUCAGGAAUUCGCUGAAUUGACAGGCUUGAGGUUCAUGCAAUAAAAAUGCUUGAAUUAAAAAGGCAAAUUUUGAAAAUCUCCUGAGGUUUCAAUCUAAAAAGUUCUUCGUUUGGUGAUUGACUGCUCUUUGAUGCUAUAAAAAUUAAAUUUGAAUCAAGAAGAUGGAUAGAAAGUUAUAAGUAAAUGCGAUUAGGAUAUAAAUCUUUGAAGAUAGAACUAUAAUUUUUCAAUUGUAAUCUUAUUUUUUGCCUUUCUAACCUAAGAUCCAUCUUUUUUACCAUAAAAUAUUCAUUGAAUAGUUGAAAAUUUAGUAAAAUCUAGAGAUAAAUAUAGUAAAAAUACGUAUCUUAGUAGGCAAUAGUGAAAAAUCAAGAAAAAUAUCGUUAUUUUUUCAAUACAUUCGGUGAGAAAUGCAAUAAUUUUUGGUCGAAACCAUCAUUUCAAAGACUUGUUGUCACAUAUUCUGAAGAAUUUUUGGAUAAAGAAACCUCAUUUGAUUUCAACUUCUGACCUCAGGAAGUGAAGAAGCCUGUUGGGACAGAGAAGUCACGAUCAAAUACGAGUAAACCGUCCAAAAUUACGUAAAAUAUGACAAUUUCUGUCGUGUUAGGAGAAAUGCAGGAAGAAAAUCUACGAAAAAGCGUUCAUUGACAGCGGGAAAGCCAAGAAAUGUUGUGAUAUGAAAAGGAAAAAAAAUCAAAAGUACGACGAAGUUAAGAAUUCUCAACUCUCCAGCCUAAGACAAUCCUCUUUGCAUUGAAAAUUGCCCUGCAAAGCACACAAGUCUCUAUAACCGAAGAGAUUUGACUGUUGCCAAAUAAAUAUUGUUAAUUUUGUAAUCCCGAUUAUUAAAAUUUGCCCACAAGGAAUAGAAGACUAAUCAUUGUCUGCAAUUUGCAAUGCAAAUUUAUCUGACAAAUGAGCAGUAAAAGAAAUUGUAUGUAAAACAGAGAAAGUGCCUCGUUCAGAGGAUUCAAUUGAGCUGGAAUGGAUUACAUUGUUUUUUUUGGGAAAAUCUCAUGGCUUUGGAAAAAACAUUGCUCAAUUUUUUGUACAACAGAAGCAUAGAAAAGGAAUUUUAUAAGAAAGAGUAUUAUUUGUCAUUCAACAAAUUUGAUGGUUGCAUAGAAAGGAAAUUUUGUAUUUAUGAAUGUAUCAUAAAAAGUAAUUUACAUUGAAUAAAAAUUUAACGAUAUAA